CAGAUGGUUAUUCUAUCACUUCUUUCAAAGAAUGUCACAAUCAUUCUAUGCUUUCCGCUUCUUCAAGGCCUUUCUUAAAAGUAAACAGAAAUCUAGAUAUUGGUCACAAGAAAUUCAUGUUGAAUUGUGUUAAGGCUAAUAUGGGAAUAAUGAAGUCCUACCGCCUUUUCAAAGAGACUGUAGGUGGUUAUGAUAAAAUUGGAGCCACGGCUGUUGACUUUAAGAAUUUUAGACGAGACCUCAAAGCUUACAUUGCUGGAGGGGAUGCACAAAUGGUUAUUGACAAGCUGUUUAGAAAACACGAGACUUGUUCUGCAUUUCACUUUGAAUACGAUGUUGAUGAUAACGACCAACUUACAAGGUUAUUCUGGUGUGAUCCUGUUGCUAGGAAAAACUAUGCCAUGUUUGGUGAUGUAGUCUCGUUUGAUGCGACUUAUGAGACCAACAGAUACAAUAUGAUAUUUGCACCAUUCACAGGCGUCGAUAAUCAUCAAAAAUGCAUUACAUUUGUUGCUGGGUUGAUCAACAAAGAAGAUGAUGAAUCUUAUGCCUGGCUUUUCCGUUGUUUUCUAAAUGCAAUGGGGAUUUCCAAACUCAACGCCAUCGUCUGGAGUCACUAUCUAGAGCCAGCUGAUUUUGUAAUGCAGUGGCAAAAUCUCAUGGCCGAAUAUAAUUUAGAAUCUCACAAGUGGUUUACCAAAAUUUUUCAGAUACGAACCACGUGGAUUCCGGCAUACUUCAGAGAUUUGUUCAUGGGAGGGUUACUGCGUACAACUUCUCGUUCCGAAAGUGAGAACAGUUUCUUUGAUGAUUUUACAGGGCAAAAUUUUAGCCUGGUGGAGCUUCUUAUGCAGUUUGAAAGUGCCAUGGACUCGCAACGUCAUAAAAACGCAGACUACAAUGCAGACGAUGAAGCAUGCUACCCAGAGUUUAAAACUCCAUUGGAUAUUGAGAAGCAUGCAUCCUCAGUUUACACGUUGACUAUUUUCUACGAUGUUCAAGCCGAGAUAUGUGCAGCAUGCUUCUCUUGCAGAGUACUUCAAGUCGAAGAACUUGACGACCAACACAACCAAUACUUAGUCAAGGACAACAGGGGUAUGACAUUCACCGUCAGAUACUCACGCAUUCAAGGCACUGCAACAUGCAGUUGUAAGCACUACAUGCGCAUUGGAUUAUUAUGCAGACACAUAUUUCUAGUUUUCAAGGAUGAGAACAUUCGUAAGAUUCCAGAUCCGUAUAUCAACCCCAGAUGGUGUAAAACAAAAUUGUUGAAGCCCAUGAUCAACAUCCCCGACAUCGAUUUUGAUGCUGUUACAGCUGUUGAAGGAAGAAAAACAGCAUUGAACCGUUUGUGGUCGGAUAUUCACUAUUGUGUUGCAGCUGCUGAACAAAAACCAGACUUAUUUGAUGGAUUUUCAAAGGUCAUUCAACAGCAAAAGAACAUCCUCCAAAAUGCACUUCAGUCUAAUCUUACUUCACCACAAGACCAGAUCUUUGAGUCAUUCUAUGGCGCAUCUGCACCAUCAAACAUUACUGUACGACCCCCCCAACAAGUACACAACAAGGGUGGUGGGAAGAGAAUCAAAAGUGCUUUGGAGAUUAGCAUAGAGCAAGGAAAGAAGAACAAGCGAAUGUUUAAAACCUGCCGUGAGAUGGGAUUCCAUGAUAGUAGAAAUUGCCCACUGAAUAAACAGUAAUGAAUUAUCUUAUUAAAGUAUUUCCCCUCGU